CGUCCAUCUCUCGGCCUUGAUUUUCUCUGCUACUUGCCCAACGCUAAACUUCUUUGAUUUCAGGAAAGGCAGCCCCGUUAGUCCCAAGUUAUCUUUGCCCCAAGGCUGUUUGAAGACCCUAGCUGUUCCGUUCCAGAUAACAUCAAGAUGCCCAACAUUGAGGAAACUGUGCUCCAGAGUGAUUCCAGUGAAGCAGAGGGUGAGGUCCAGAAGCCUAAAACACCAGGGCAGAGCCAGGAAAACAAGAGCUUCUGUUCAGAUGGCCACCGUCCUGAGCGCCAACCUGAAGUGCUUUCUGUCACAGAGCUGAUAGAGACAAUUAGCAAAGUUUCCAAGCUUAGCAUUGCUCAUGAAAUCGUGGUAAACAAAGAUUUCUAUUUGGAAGAGAGUGUUUUACCUCCCAACAGUCUGGAAGGCAGGUUCGUGGACACAGUGUACAAAGCUUUUUGGGACCAUCUGAAAGAGCAGCUAUUGAGUACUCCCCCUGACUUCACGUGUGCUCUUAAACUUCUAAAAGAAGUUAAGGAGAUCUUGCUAUCACUGCUAUUACCACGCCAGAACCGCCUAAGAAAUGAGGUGGAAGAAGCUCUGGACAUGGAUCUCCUCAAGCAGGAAGCAGAACAUGGGGCCCUGGAUGUCCCUCAUCUCUCUAACUACAUUCUUAAUUUGAUGGCCCUGCUAUGUGCACCAGCCCGAGAUGAAGCAGUGCGCAAACUAAAGAGCAUAACAGAUCCUGUGCAGUUACUGAGGGGUAUCUUCCAUGUUGUGGGCCUGAUGAAAAUGGACAUGGUAAACUAUACCAUCCGGAGUCUUCGACCUUACCUGAAGGAACAUUCCGUCCAGUAUGAACGAGCUAAAUUCCAGGAGCUCCUCGACAGGCAGCCCAAUCUCCUUGAAUGCACCACAAAAUGGCUAACCAAAGCAGCAGCAGACGUCACUCCACCAUCUUCGAGUUCUCCUGACUCUCCCGGCUCCUCCACUAUGGCCUGUGCACUUCCAAAUUGGGCAGCUGACAACUCGGAGCUCCCCAGUCCCACAAUGGUGCUAUACCAGGGUUACCUGAACCUUCUUCUCUCGGAUUCUGACAAUGAAGAAUUCCCUGAGACUUUGCUGAUGGACAGAAUCCGGCUGCAGGAGAUGGAGUCCCAGUUGCGCCAGUUAACCAUCCUGACCUCAGUCUUGCUAGUGGCCAGAAGUUUCUCUGGUAAUGUUUUAUUCAACUCACCUGAAUUUGUGGAUAAACUGAAAUGCAUAACCAAGGCCCUGACAGAGGAAUUUAACUCCAGGCCUGAAGAGGCUAUGCUGAGUGUGAGUGAACAAGUGUCUCUGGAAAUCCAACAAGGCCUCAAAAGCAUGGGUCUCUCUGCCCUGAGCAGCAAAAACACAGCAUCUCUUACAGGCCAACUCCAGAACAUCGCCAAGAAGGAGAACCGUGUUCGUACCAUCGUUGAUCAGCGGAUCCGUUUGUUUCUCAAAUGCUGUUUGGUCCGUGGCAUGCAGGAAUCUCUGCUAGACUUCCCUGGAGGCCUUAUUCUCAUCAAGGGGGAGUUGGCAGACCUGGGCUGGAAGUUUGUCAAUCUGAUGCGUCACAAUCAGCAGGUAUUUAGCCCCUACUAUGCUGAAAUCCUAAAAAAUAUCAUCCCUCCGGCUCAGGCAGGAGAAACAGAAGUGGAAUGUCUCUGAUAAUGCUGGACCCCAGCUGUGGCAACAAGGACCCAAGAGAGAGGGCUCAGCCUGUUCCUGGGAUGACGUCACCUAUGGCCAGCAGAGCAACCAGUCCUCUUCCUAACUACAGCCAGAACACAUGGCUUCAGCGUUCAAGCAUGUAAACACCAACUGGCCCAAUCCCCUUCGUUAAUAAACUUCUGAGCUGCAAGCAAACCUCAGUUCCUUCUGUGCUGCAACUGAAUCCAGC